CAUGCGCUCUGUUCCCCUUUCCCUGCUGGUGACAGACGCUAAACCCUGCGACUAUUAUGGGAGCAAGUUUUCCAGCCAGACCUAUCUUUUCGAUGAUUCUCUUUUAAUUUUUUAAAUAUAUCUGAAGCAGUGAGUGAUUCGUGGAUCCAAAAGUACCUGGUCUCAACACAGGGGAGCUGGGAGCAGGGUCGUGGAAAAUAGUUUAUGGGAGUCAGGUCUACCCCGGACGCCCUAGGUUGGGGCAGAACUUCUCAUUCGCCGCCUGUCUUGGAGCUUUGGAGUCAUGGCGGCAGAGGAGCCCCGAGGCGCCUUCUCAUCAGCCUGGCGGCACCAGGAAAUGCCUACAAAACCGAACUAUGCGCUCAAACUUACUCUUGAGGGGCACACGGAAGCAGUGUCUUCAGUUAAGUUUAGUCCUGACGGGGAAUGGCUAGCAAGUUCUUCUGCUGAUAAAGUAAUUAUAAUUUGGGGAGCAUAUGAUGGGAACUACGAGAAAACCCUAUAUGGCCACAACCUGGAAAUAUCAGACGUUGCCUGGUCAUCAGAUUCUAGUUGUCUUGUUUCCGCUUCAGAUGAUAAAACCCUGAAGAUAUGGGAUGUGAGAUCUGGAAAAUGUUUGAAAACACUAAAGGGACACAAUGAUUAUGUCUUUUGUUGUAAUUUCAACCCUGCAUCCACGCUAAUCGUUUCAGGAUCUUUUGAUGAGAGCGUGAAAAUAUGGGAAGUGAAAACAGGAAAGUGCCUUAAGACUUUGACUGCUCAUUCUGACCCAGUUUCUGCUGUUCAUUUUAAUAGCACGGGGUCCUUGAUAGUGUCAGGUAGCUACGAUGGCCUCUGUAGAAUCUGGGAUGCUGCCUCGGGUCAGUGUUUAAAAACACUUGCUGUUGAUGACAAUCUUCCUGUCUCUUUUGUAAAAUUUUCUCCAAAUGGUAAAUAUAUUCUCAUUUCAACUUUGGACAGUACACUUAAACUGUGGGAUUACAGCAGAGGCAGAUGUUUGAAGACAUACAGUGGUCAUAAGAAUGAGAAAUACUGCAUAUUUUCCAAUUUUUCAGUUACUGGUGGAAAGUGGAUUGUGUCUGGCUCGGAGGAUAACCUGGUGUACAUUUGGAGCAUUCAGACUAAAGAGAUUGUACAGAAAUUACAAGGUCAUACUGAUGUUGUGAUUGCAGCAGCUUGUCAUCCUACAGAAAACAUCAUCGCCUCAGCAGCACUGGAAAAUGACAAAACAAUUAAACUAUGGAUGAGUGACUACUAAACCUUUGGAAAUCAAGUAGUAAAGCCAAGCUGCCAAAAAAAAAAAAAAAAUAUAUAUAUAUAUAUAUAUAUAUAUAUAUUUUAUAUUUUUAUAUUUUAUAUAUAUUUUAAGUCAGGUGGUGGCACAUGUCUAUAAUUCCAGUACUCUGGGAAGUGGAGGCAGAAUGAUCUCAAAUUCAAGCCCUGUGUGGGCAAUUUAGUGGGAUCCUAUCUCAUGGGGGUGGAGGCUAAGAAUGUAGCUCAGUGUGAUAGUCCUGGGUUCAAUCCCCAGUACAAACCAAACAAAAUCCAGGCAUGAUGACACAUGCCUGUAAUCCCAGUAUUCAGGAGGGUGAGACAGGAAGAUUGCCGCCAAGUUUGAGCCCAACCUGGGGUACAUAGUUUGAGACCAGCCUAGAGUACAUAGUGAGAUCCUGUCAAAAAACUGAACAAAAAAGCAGUAACAAAAAACUUAGAUGUUUGAAAGAAUGACUUCUCUUAAUUUUGGUAUGAUUUUUGUUUUUUUUUUUUUUUUAAAUUCUGUUCAGUUGCAAGAUUUUGAAACUUACCAAAUGAAGAGUUCAACUAGCAAGUAUAUGACCUGGGACUUAUGCCUGCUAAUCUUGAGGUUUGCGAAGAAUCUCAUGUGUUUGUCCCUAGAGUUUCCCAUUCUGUUGCAUCUCAGUGACUGUCCUAGAAGGUCAUUAUAUUUGGGAAGUAUUUCAAAGUAAAGUCAACAAGACAAGAUGACUAACUGAGAGAAGCAAGUGAGUUGGCAGUUUUUGUUUUGGAAGGUUGGAACCUGGAUAGUGAUGACAGACAUGGAGGGGAGGUAAAGUGGGUGAUGAUAGAAUAUGAAGCCAUAUCAGGUCUGAGUUGGGAAAAAUAAGUCAUGGUUAGGUUCAUCCUAAGAGUAUAAAAGUUAAAGGACCCUGUUGUGAUCUAAAAUGUCCCCUGAAGUCCCAUGUUUUUGAGGUGUGUCUUCUGGAAGGUGACUGGAUUCUGGGAGCACUGUUAAUGGAUCAAUCCACUGAUGAGUUCAUAGCUGAAUGUGCUGUUAGAAAGUACAGCCCACAUAGAGAACAGCUAGCACUUAUUGUUUGAUCAGUUUUGCGUGCUUAAACUUGGUAAUCUGAGCAACUAUUUUGAAAAUAGCAAUAUGCAAUAUAACUAUUGUUAAUUUCUUACCAUCAUUUUGAAAUGCCAUAUAAUUUUUGUUUUAUUCUCUUUAAAAUUAAAAAAAUAAAGUAGUGCUGGGUUGCAGGAAGGUAAAAACAGGUGUGACCUAGAAGGGUGUAUUUUUGUCGCUAGCUCUUCUCUCUGAUUCCUGGCUGCUCUAGGUUGAGCACCCAUCCUCCAUGCCAUUUUUCUGCCUUCCUUGGACUCAGAUGACUAUGGACUGAACUCACUGAAACUGUGAGCCAAAAUCUCUUAAGUUAUGAGUGUUGGGUAUUUUGUCUUAGUAACAGGAAUGUGACUGAUACAGACCUCUGUUAUCAUAUUAGGCAAACUCUGUAUCUGAAUAGUGACAGUACUUUCCUUCAGUAUGUGACCUAUUACUCCUACCCGGUACUUGAGAUUCAUUUGAGAAAUCACUUCAUGGCUUUAUGACUUCUUGCCUCCUGCCAACCUCAGUGCCCAGCUGAGUUAGGUGUUCCUGCUUCUUCAGUUUCUGUGGUUAAGUUCAAAACAAUUUCUUCCCCCACUGCUAAAUUUGACUGGCUUAAAAAGAAAAAAAAAAAAAAAAAAAAAAAAAACAAUUUCUUUACUGAUUUGUGUUGUAAUGGUUACCUGUUUUUGUACUGUUGAUUUUUGCGUGGAGAAGGGAUUUAAAUGCUUAAUGAAUGACAGUGGA